AUGUCUCACUCGGACCGUAAGCCAUCUAUACGUCUAUAUAUUGCCUGUGUGUCCGCCCAAAUGGGUUCACUAUUAUUAGGAUGUGCUUUAGGUUGGAGUGGACCAGCACUGGCCGAUAUGGCCCGGCCGGACAGUCGACCACAUUUGACCAACGAUAGCGAUGAGGAUAGAAAUCAAAAGUCAUGGAUCGGUUCAAGUAUGACAUUGGGCGCACUGGUAGGCAGUAUUAUUGGUGGCUUAUGUAUGGAAUUAAUUGGCCGCAAAAAGACCCUAAUUUUAUUGGGCAUACCUAACAGUGCCGGUUAUCUAUUAUUAUGUUUUGGCCGACAGGUAUGGCUAUUAAUUUUAGGCCGUAUUAUAGUCGGUAUGUGCACUGGUGUUAUACUAUGUACCGUUCCUACAUAUAUUGCCGAAAUAUCUACGCCAAACAUUCGUGGCCUAUUGGGUAUGGCAUUCAAUGUGUUUGGUGUGAUAGGCAUACUCUACAUGGAUAUACUGGGCUUAUGGGUCAACUGGAAUUGGUUGGGUUUGGCAGCUGUAGUACCGUCGGUACUGCUGUCGGCAACAAUGUUUUUUAUGCCCGAAUCACCCGCUUGGCUAAUGUUAAAAUAUGGCCGUACCUUACGGGUAGUCGAAGCCAUGCACCAGCUCAGGGAUCCCAGUUCCGAUAUUGAUCAGGAACUGGAUGAACUGGAGGAUAGGGGCACACAUUCAGGAUCGUCGUCGGCAUCGAAAACUGAUGGCCAACACCAACAACAACAACAAAGCUCCGGGUUUUCCAUUAGACAACUGUCCCGUCAGGAUGUCUACAAACCGCUGGCCAUCGGUCUGAUGUUGUGUUUGUUUCAGCAGUUUUCCGGUUCAAAUGCCCUACAGUUUUAUAUGACCGACAUAUUCAAAGAUAGCGGUUCAACACUGCGAGCCGAAUACGCGACAAUAGUGGUAAACUGUAGUAAUUUUUUGGCCACUAUUAUCGGCAGUCUGGCCAUCGACCGAUUCGGUCGGCGAUUGUUGCUAUUGUUUAGCGGUUUGGGUCAUACGGUUAGUCUAGCCGUACUCGGCUACUACUACUAUGCCAACCGAAACCAAGUCGGUGGCGAUUCAUCGGCAUCGGUACUGCCUAUCAUAUGUAUGGUCAUAUUUUUCGUAGCCUACAGUAUCGGUUUCUGUCCAGUCAUCUGGAUAGUCAUUACCGAAAUCUGUACGACCGCUUUUGUCGGCUUCAUAACCACUACGUGCAGCGUAUUUGUCUGGUUAUGCGUUUUUGUUGUGACCAAAGAGUUUGAGGAUAUGGUCCAAGGUAUCCACAAAUACGGUGCCUAUUGGUUUUACGGGGCCUGUAGUCUACUAUCCAUACUAUUUGUAUGGUUUCUGCCCGAAACUAAAGGCAAAUCUAUCGAUGAUAUUCAGCGACAGUUAUAUCCGAAAAUCUAUGGCACCGGUAGUAGUAGUAGUAGUCCCAGUGCUCAUGAGUCAACAAUUAAUAGCGAUAUAAAUAAUGAUAAUAUUAAUAGAUUUAGAGAAGUGUCCAAUAUGUGAGUCUACUG